UCUCCGCUGUACAGUGUCAGUUCUGAAACUGCCUCCGGCCUCCCUUGGCUUAUUCUUCUUUUCACUCUCUCUGUCUGCAAGAUUCCUCCUAAAUCUUCGACCGAUUCCCAGCUAACCAACGCCGAGAAAGAAACGGAAAUCAACAGAUAAUCGCCAGGAAACAAGGAGAAAGAGAGAGAAAGAGUGAGCUUCCUUCUUUUUCUUUCUUUCUUUCUUCUUAUAAAGAAAUCUGCAGCCUUGUUCUGUUCGUCUCUGGGUCUUGAACUGCCCUCUAGAAACCAGGGCAAAAGGCGGAGAGAGAGGAAAGAGAUCAGAAAGAGAUAGCGAUAGAGGAACAGGAGAGGGAAGAGAUCAGAUAGAGAUAGAGAUAGAGAGGGCCAUGGCGAGGAAGAAUGGAUGGCAACUCCCAGCACACACAUUCCAGAUCGUUGCAAUUACGGUGUUCUUCCUUUUGGUGAUUGCAUUUUAUGCCUUUUUUGCGCCGUUUCUGGGAAAGAAAAUCCUUGAGUAUCUUGCAGUUGGUAUCUAUACUCCUGUGGCAUUUGCUGUCUUCAUCCUUUAUAUUCGGUGCACUAGUAUAAACCCUGCUGAUCCUGGAAUCAUGUCGAAGUUUGAGGAAGGCUUCUGCAAUGCAACAGAAAAUAACACUGGCUUGCAGGGCAUGAAUUUGCGAACAAAAGCUGAUACUGCGACAAACUCCCCAGCAUCUAUUUGUAGGAGCUCUGUAGAUGGUCGUGGUUUAGCUGCUGGAGAUACAAAUCUAAAUUCAAGAGCACCACCGCCAGGAAGUUCAGGUUGCUGCUUUCUUAGAGGGCUUAUUUGUGCUUUGUUUGUCAAGGAGGAUUGUAGGAAGUUUGACGAUUCAGAUCAUGAAGUUGAUGUAGAAGAUGCAUUGUUUUGUACGUUAUGUAAUGCCGAGGUUCGUCACUUCAGUAAACACUGCAGAAGUUGUGACAAGUGUGUGGAUGGAUUUGAUCACCACUGUCGGUGGCUAAAUAACUGUGUCGGACACAAGAACUAUUUCACAUUUAUUGCCCUGAUGAUUACCAGCCUCCUCUGGCUUGCUAUUGAACUUGGAGUAGGCAUUGCUGUUCUUGUUUUAUGCUUCGUCAACAAGAAUGCAGAAAUAAUUAUUCAAGACAAGCUUGGCAACGGUUUAACUCGUCCCCCCUUUGUAACUAUUGUAGGCAUAUUUACUCUUCUUUCUCUAGUUGCUUGCGUACCUUUAGGAGAACUUUUCUUCUUCCACAUGCUAUUGAUCAGAAAGGGGAUCACGACUUAUGAAUAUGUUGUUGCGAUGAGAGCUAUGAGUGAAGCACCUCAAGAUGAUGAAGAAGAACAGGGUGUAAACAUUAUUAAUUCCCCAACGAAUUCAGCAACCACUGGAUUCAGCGCCGGAAGCUCACUUGGUCUUCACUACAAGGGUGCAUGGUGCACGCCUCCAAGGGUUUUCAUUGAUCAGGAUGAAGUUAUCCCACAUUUGGAGCGUGGCAAUAUACCAUCUACUGUCGACCCUGACGCUGGAGGACACACUGAAAGGGCAAGCAAAGCGAAGAAGCAAGUCAAAAUCAGUGCCUGGAAGCUUGCAAAGCUGGACGGCAACGAGGCGAUGAAAGCCGUGGCAAGAGCUCGGGCAUCCUCCUCGGUGCUCCGGCCCAUAGAUGCCCACGGCGGGGGCCAUGACGCUGACCGGAGCUCCAGUGGCAAUGUCAGUGUCAGGAGCAGCACGAGCAUCGAUUACAGUGCGUCGAGGGAACAGAAGGGCAGUCCGAAACCGCCUUCUCCUCGGUGCCUUGCGAGCCAGGAGGACGACUGCGAGACGGGAACGCAGGACGCUAGCAGUAUGAGCAGCCCAGUGCACCUCCACAAGCUUGCACCUCAUGCACAGGCUAAUGCGCCACCCCAUAUGCCACCGCCACCGGAAAGGCCUGCGCCAGCGAUACCAAGGCCGCCUGUUCUUCCAACUAUGCAGGCAACCAAUCUGAUGUUCCGGUCUGCAGCGACACCCCAUGUCCGGGAGAACCGAAGAGCAUCUGUAGUUUGGGAUCAAGACGCUGGUCGGUAUGUUUCAGUGGCACCGGCACCUUCGAGACCUGGGGGAGCUGCUGCUGAUCAACAGGUGAGAACGACACGCUUCUUGGCGAACACAGGUGGCGAGGCAGGCAGAACCCUGGCACCCAUGAACGCCUCUUCGUCGGCAAUGCCGUCCGGACAGCCUUCCGAGAGGCUCACAUACUCCGGACAGUCGAUAUUCUUUGGCGGCCCUGUUCUCGGUGCUGCUGCUGAAUCUCGAACGAGUGAAGCGAAUGCGAGAGCGCGGCCGGAUGACAUGAGGGAGCUCAAUGCCGACCAGGGGGAGAUCAGGGGGCGAGCAGCCGAGUCGCUUCCGGUGUUCGCUCCAGGGACGUCUCAUAAGAACCCGCCGUCCAACAGGUGAAGUCUCGGCACACCAUUUGCCGCUGCCGCCGUGUUGCUGGAUCACAGCUACCAUGCCACAUGGCACCCACCAUGGCAUCUGAACAAUCAGGGGGCCAAAGACUCUGCAGCUGACCUGCAAGCAGAAGGAUCUGUAGGGACAUUUGCUUUGGCAUCUGAACUGAAACAUUUUUUUUCCAAAAAGGAGGGUAUACCUUCGUCUUCUGCAUCAAUCGAUGCACACAGCCAUGUCUGAACUGAAACAUAAACAUUCUCUUUCUUGGGAGGAUAAAGAAAUCUGGAAGCACAAGCAGAAGAGCCAAACUGGCUUUGAUGUAAAAAUUGUUUUUCCCUUCAGUAUUAGCAGCCAAUAGCUUCGUUUAACUGGAAAUUUAAAUUUGAGAUGAGAUUUAAGUUACCAGUGUGUCAAACUUUGUUCAACAAAUGUAUCUGAAGAAUGCGAUUGUAGCUUUGCUGUUGUUAAAUCAGCUUGUAAUUGGGAGGGCUUCUUGAUUCA